AUGCGGGGACUCCGCCGAACGCCACUCAUUGGUCGCCAACAACGACGAUUUAAUUCUACAGGUGCAGGACCUAUUAACCAAUCCGCUUUCUGGACUACCAACAAGGUGUUGCUUUUGAGUGCUUUUACUGGAGCAUUGGCAUAUACAUAUGGAACCUAUGAUGCCAGGUCUAUCCUCAAGAAAGAUGGGGUAAAUGCUUCCCAGGCACCGGUGUAUGCUAAGAAGUCAGAGUGGGAGAAGGCAAUUGAAGAAGUGCAAACCAAACUUGGUGAAGACUCGAUUACUACAGAUGAUGAUGAGUUGCAUCGACAUGGAUUCUCGGAGUGGUCGACCAUCAACGUUGAUGUGCUUCCUAUUGCUGUCUUGUAUCCCAAGUCUACAGAAGAAGUAUCUGAGAUUGCUAAAGUGUGCUACAAGUACAAGAUUCCUAUCGUCCCAUAUUCUGGAGGUUCAAGUCUAGAAGGCAACUUUUCGGCUCCCUAUGGUGGUUUCUGCAUUGAUUUCGCCUUCAUGGACAAAAUCGUCGCCUUGCACGAAGAUGAUCUGGACGUGGUAGUGCAACCCUCUAUCGGCUGGAUGAAACUCAACGAAGAAAUCGCCCAUACAAAUCUUUUCUUCCCUGUAGACCCCGGACCGUCUGCACAGAUAGGAGGCAUGACAGGAACAAACUGCUCAGGCACAAACGCCGUCCGCUACGGCACCAUGAAAGACAACGUACUAAACCUCACAGUCGUGCUCGCAGACGGCACAAUCAUAAAAACCAAACGCCGACCCAGAAAAUCCUCCGCCGGUUACAAUCUCACAGGAAUGUUUAUCGGGUCUGAAGGUACGCUUGGUAUCGUCACAGAAAUCACGCUCAAGCUGCAAGUCAUCCCUCAAGAGACCAGCGUCGCGGUGGUCACUUUCCCAAGCAUCCGCGAUGCAGCCAGCGCAGCUUCUGCGAUCAUAAAAGCCGGCGUCCCAAUCGGCGCCAUGGAAAUCAUGGACGAAGUCCAAAUGAGCGUAGUCAACAAAUCCAAAUCCACAAAAAAAGUGUGGAGGGAAGUGCCAACCAUGUUUUUCAAAUUCUCAGGCACAAAAGCAGGAGUCAGGGAAAACGUAGACUUGGUCAAGAAACUGAGCAAACAAUGCAAAUCGCUGGAUUUUGAGUUUACUGCUGAUCCAGAGGAGCAGAAGAAACUUUGGUCCGCGAGGAAGGAGUCGCUAUGGAGUAUGUUGGCGUUGAGGAAGGGGGAUGAGGAGGUUUGGAGUACGGAUGUUGCGGUGCCGCUUUCGAGGUUGCCUGAUAUUGUGGAAGUGUCCAAGCGCGAGAUGGAUGAGUUGGGCCUUUUUGCAUCGGUACUUGGUCACGUCGGCGACGGCAACUUCCACGAGAGUAUCAUGUACGAUGGCAAGAACCCAGAGGAAAAGAAGAAGGUCGAAGAGUGUGUAACGAGAAUGGUUGACAGAGCGCUGGAGAUGGAAGGAACGUGCACUGGUGAGCAUGGUAUUGGACUUGGAAAGAAGAACUCGUUGGUCAAAGAGCUAGGCUUGGAUACCAUUGGCGUGAUGCAGAAGGUCAAGAUGGCAUUGGACCCGAACUGGUUGAUGAACCCAGGAAAAGUGUUUGAUCAUCCAGCCGAGAAGAAUCCAAAGGGCCACUAG